CCCAUUUCUCUGUUUGCCACAACUGAUCUCUCGCUUUGUACAGCUAAAAUCUUUUAUUUUUUUAUCUGUUCUGAUGCUCAAACUGAAAAAAAAAAAAAUGAUUCACCUGAUUGUCUUCAAUCUGACCCUAUUGCAACUAUUUGGUGUGUCUGAUGCUGUUACAGAGAAACCAGUGAUGGAUGGAGAAUCAGUCACUCUAGAAAUACAGAGAGACGGGGACAUCGAGUGGAAGUUUGGAGAUCGGAACAUUCUCAUAGCUCAGAUCAACAGCAAUAAAAUCACACUGUAUGAUGAGGCUCUUGGUGGGGUUUUCAGAGGCAGACUAAAGCUGGAUCAGACUGGAUCUCUGACCAUCAACAACACCAGAAUAAAAGACUCUGGGGAUUAUAAAGCAAUCAACACCAGAUCAGCACAGCUACUCGUCACAUUCAAGCUGACUGUCCAUGCUCCUCCCUCGAUUCCAGUCAUUUCCACUUACUUAUCUCCAUGCCCAAAUACAUCACCAGAGUCCAGAUGUGUGCUGCUGUGUUCAGUGGUGAAUGUGAGAUUUGUGAGUCUCUCCUGGUACAAAGAAAACAGUGUAUUGUCCAGCAUCAGUGCAUCUGACCUCAGCAUCAGUCUCUCUCUACCUCUGGAGGUGGAAAUUCAGGAUAAAAACACCUACAGCUGUGUGGUGAAGAAUCCCAUCAGCAACCAGACCACACAUCUGGACAUCAACACACACUGUAAAACAUGCUCAGAUGGCCUCUGUCGUAAUGCUGUCAUCCUAUUGGCUCUUUCGGCUGUGCUGGGCGUUGCCGUGGUGGCUCUACUGGUUUAUGAGUUCAGAUCCAGAUGUCUUCGAAAGGAGGAGAGUGUGCAGGAAGAAGCUAAACACACCUAUACAUCUCUAGAUUUUACACAGUAAAAAAUAA